UCCUAAAACCACUCUUUCUUCUAUCUCCAACUCGUCUUCUCCAAAGGUCCCCACUUUCUCUCUCUUUCUCUCUAAAUCCAAGCACCCUUCCCGUUCUUUACACGUUAAUCGCCACCCAUAUAUAUACCAUCAUCUCUCUCUGCAGUUACAUAUACACUGAAUAAUAAUCUUGUGUUAGAAAGGACGAUCAUCUUCUUCAUCGUCUUUGCGUUUCUCAAUUUGACUCUCUCUACAGCCUAUAUUUUCACUGCUUCUACUGCAUCAAUUACUUGUUUCUCGUUCUCUCUCUAUAUAUAUAUUAGCAACUGUAAAGAACCGAACUUUCUCUCUCUAUCAUUUUCUUCCUUUCAACACAGUACACACCUCGCUUUCUUGGCUUCCUUCUAAGUGUUAUAUGUAUAUAUAUAUAUAAACAUCUCUCUCUUUCCAUCUAUAUCUAUAUCUAUAUCCAUGUUUUUAUAAUCGUUUUUUCUUUUCUUUCAGAUACAAAUAAAAUUAAAAACAUGGCGUUUCACCAUAAUUUGUCUCAAGACAUUCCUCUUCACCAUUUCUCUGACCAAACUCAACCACCACAACAAGCCCAACAGCAACAAAAUUUAUCCGAAAGCACCACCGCACCAAAUUGGCUUAACACUGCCCUUCUCCGCACCCAACAACCGCAACAUCCGCCUCACUCUCACUUCACCGAUACUAAUUUUUUAAAUCUUCAUACAACUUCAACUACCAACUCUGAUUCAACUGCUUCUCAAAAUCCUACUCAAUGGCUUUCUCGUUCUUCUUCUAUCCUUAAUCGUAACCACAGCGACGUUAUUGAUGACGUCACUGCCGCAACUGCCACCGACUCUAUCAUCGCAGGCACUAUUUCUCGCGAAUCAGCCGAUUUGAAAACCAACACAAAUAACAACAGCGAGAACAUGACGAAUAAGAGCGAAGGAGGGGUAGUUGAGAGUGGUGGUGGAGGCGGCGGAGGAGAUGGAGUGGUAAACUGGCAGAAUGCAAGAUACAAGGCGGAUAUACUGGCGCACCCGUUGUAUGAGCAGUUGUUGUCGGCACAUGUGGCGUGUUUACGGAUCGCUACGCCGGUGGAUCAGUUGCCGAGAAUCGACGCCCAGCUAGCCCAGUCACAGCAUGUAGUGGCCAAAUACUCCGCCCUUGGAGCCGGGGCUCAGGGCUUGGUCGGUGAUGAUAAGGAGCUUGAUCAAUUCAUGACGCAUUAUUUUCUGUUGCUUUGUUCUUUUAAAGAACAACUGCAACAACAUGUUCGAGUCCAUGCAAUGGAAGCAGUAAUGGCUUGCUGGGAGAUAGAGCAAUCCUUACAAAGCUUAACAGGAGUUUCUCCUGGUGAAGGUACAGGAGCAACAAUGUCAGAUGAUGACGAGGACCAAGUAGAUAGUGAUGCCAAUUUGUUUGAUCCAAGUUUGGAUGGUGCUGAUACCAUGGGAUUUGGUCCCCUCAUCCCAACAGAGAGUGAGAGGUCUUUAAUGGAGCGAGUGAGGCAAGAAUUGAAGCAUGAAUUAAAACAGGGCUACAAAGAGAAAAUUGCUGAUAUUAGAGAGGAAAUUUUACGUAAGAGAAGAGCAGGAAAGCUUCCUGGGGAUACAACCUCUGUCCUAAAAGCAUGGUGGCAAUCACAUUCUAAAUGGCCAUACCCUACGGAGGAAGAUAAGGCAAGAUUGGUACAAGAAACAGGCUUACAAUUAAAGCAGAUAAAUAAUUGGUUCAUCAAUCAGAGGAAGAGGAAUUGGCAUAGUAAUCCUUCAACUUCAACAGUAUUGAAAAGCAAACGCAAAAGAAGUAAUGCAGGUGAUAACAGUGGCGAUCGUUUCAUGUAAAUUCAACAACACAUAUUCCCUUAUCAUCAUCGUUGAUUCCGCUCUGGCCACUGACGAUAUUGUCCAACAUUAUAUUAUAUAUGACAGUAAAGGGCUUAAGCAGCAGCAGUAGUACACUGAAUUGAAGGGAAGGAACCUUUUAGUAUUUUGCUUCUAACAUAGAGAGGGAGAUGUCAGGAUAAGGAAGAGGCACAAAAGAUGUGAUCUUGCAAUGUUUACUCGGAAUUUGGAAAUUUUAAGAGAUUAUAUUACUGAAACUGAAUUAGAUGGUAGCAGCUUGUUCAUUAUUUGGCAGGUUUUUUAUGAUUUUUGUUUAUAUCUGUGAAUAAAGAAUAGCAAUUCUGAGAGUUGGUUAUUUUUGGGGUUGUACAGUGUAAUAAUCUUCGCAUGCUUGAUUUCUUAUACGGGUCAUCAUUAAUGUCAUAAUAUAAGAUUAUAGCU